AGGAGCAAGGGCGUAACCACGCAUUCUUUGGGGGGGUCGUGUCCCCCCCAAUGUUGAGAAAAUACUAACCUGUCCCCCCCAAUAUACAGCAGGAUAAAAUGUAAAAUAUAUGUUCUCUUUUUAUGAACCCUGUCAAUGGAUCGGUCUCUUGUUAUGUCUUAUUUAUUUUCAAUUUAUUUCCGUUUGUUAAGUGUGUGAAUCCCCCCUCCUAAUUGUACACUUGUGCGAUUUAGUUUGAAACCACCUCGCAACUUUCUGCGUUGUCAUGGUUACCCCACACUCUUUCUUCAGUGAGAGCCAAGAAAGUAAAGUUGAGUAAUGGAGGAUUUGAGGUUACCUAAAAAGCAGAAGAAACUGGACCAACAGCCAAGCAUACGCAGUUUUUUUCAGACAGCAGCACAGAGAGAGAAGGAGAGAGACAGGCAUGCUGAAAGCAGUGGCCAGACAGGGACAUGCUCUGAACAUGCAGGUGAUCAGGUGAGUCAUUUGAAUGUAAGUAACGUUAUUUAACGUGUUGGAGAGGAGGUAACGGACAAUUUAUGGUUACUUAAAAAGCGGAUAAAACUGGACCAGCAGCCGAGCGUACACGUUUUUUUUUUUUCUCCAAUUAGUUGCUUGAUACCGAGCUAAAUGUGUGAGCAAAUAAAACGAGUAGCCUAAUUAAAAUAUGAGUCGCUGUUUUUUCUGAUAAAAUGACGUGGGGUCACAAUGCAGGCAUCACAGAGAGACAGGGAGAGAGACAGGCAUGCUGAAAGCAGUGGCCAGACAGGGACAUGCUCUGGACAUGCAGGUGAUAAGGUGAGAAUUUUGAAUAUGAGACUAGACAGCCUUACAACAUUGUUUAUAACCUGGGCCUACAUGUCAGCAAUACAUAAAAGUAGCCUACUUCUAAUACAAGCAGAAUAUAUAGACCAAAAUGAUCACGAAGGUCAGCCACUGUUCUUCUGAUAACAUAAUGACAUGUGGUCACAAUGCAGGCAGCACAGAUAGACAGGGAGGCAGAGAGGCAGGCUGAAUUGUAGGCAAUGCACUUAAAAAAUAAUAAUAAAAAAUUGGACCCCCCCAAUGUCUAAACCAUGGUUACGCCCUUGAUCAGGAGCACCUUGUUGUUUAAAGGAAGCCCAAACUGGGACCCUGCCAGUUUUGGCUUCGACUCUCUGAUGUACAGCAGCAAUAGCCUGGCUCCGACGACCGCCUACGUACUUCCACUCAAUUUUCUUUCCCUUCAGUACAACGUCUGCGUAAUGCCCUAAAUGCCACGAGGCAUUUGGAGGACAGGUAACAGGUAACUACGUCUGCGUUUGCGGUAUGUUCGCGGGAUUUCGCCGGCCAAAUGUUGCCGGUCGAAUCAGCGAACAGAGGAAGUGGUUGCGAACAAUGACUUUGAGGUCUCACGCUAGUUUGAGUUGUAGCCAAACGUAAUCGAUUGGUUAUGGCAGAUCCAGAGUGGCACUGGGCAGAGCCAAUAGUCUUAAACUGCAACCGACACCAGUGAGUUAAUGUUUGUCGAGAGAGGCGAGGCUCUCUCUGGUUUAGUGAGGAAAAGGAAACGAAGACAGCAGCAGGGAUUGUUGGAAUACCAAAUAAAAAGUACAGAGAUUAACUAUUUCUGCACCACUAGAGGGCGGUGUUGAGUCUCAGCGAAGAAAGGGGGGUGUGCCCUUAUGUCAAACUCUCCUCCAACUUGCACUUUAAAAAAGCCGCCCUUAAAACCUCUCGGACUGGAAUCAAUAAAUAGGGAUUAACCCUAACCCUAUUAGCUGCUUUCACACAUACUAAAUAGUUUGUCGAGUGGCAGGUGGAUAACCCCAGCCCCACAGACCGCACGACAACCAGAGGUGCCUUUACGAGAACAUACAGAACAACGGAAGAACACUCAACACACAACCCAGAACACAGCCCACGGACACGAGGGCCUCGGUGCGGGCAUCGCUCCAGCACAGAGCCCCCCUGUCACCGAGCUGCGACCCCACAUCAAACCCUCACAAUCGGUUCUGGGGGUUCUGGGUCUUAAACCUGGAGGGCGCUCUGAAUCCAGAUAGUUUGAUGCCGUCCCCGGAUCCCAGGAACGUGCUUGAUCGUUGAUUCGAAUAAUUUAAUGUGGUUUAUAUAGUUGCUGGAUUGAAUCCAUAUGCAAAAAAUAUGUGCGUCGCAAUAUUUGACUGCGUAAACGUUUAGAAGGUGGGCCUUUCAGAGAUAAAACGACAAAAACAACACACAAAACACAAAAACAAUCCCCCAAAUAUCUGCCAGGGUUAUUUAUCUAUAUAUAUGUAUACUUUAGCAGAAACAGGAAGCGAAGAAAAAACAAUCUGAAACCGAGACUGUGCUGAGGUUAACUGAGCGCAUGUCUUCUACAGUGAGAUUAAAGACAUGACAGCAAUACACAUAUUAGAGGAGGACAUGGGCCGUUAGAGAACCCUUUAGGAUCGUGUGUGUGUGUCGACGGGGGCGGUGUCGUGUAGUCGACGGAGGAAGUAUGCCACCGAGAGCGAGAGACGGAGUGUCGCUCAUACAACAAGAGUAGGACCAGAAGCUCUCUGCGACCAGACGGACUCCGACUCAGUAGCCUGAACAUCUGGAAUAGGAAAACACGUUACAGCUGGAGUCCCGCGUUCUGUCCGGAGGGACAGCUGAGAGGCGAUAUCUCUGAUGGACCAACUCCGAACUCUGUGGGUUCUGCUCUUUACUACAGUCUGCAGCAACAGUGUGUCAUCAGCCUCCCCCCGCCGGCCGGACCACCUGAGGGCCAGCCGAUGGGAUGGCGAGCAGACGGUGGUUUGGGACCCCCCUAGUGACGUCACACCCCUGGCCCGGUACUCGGUCCAGAUGUCAAAGCAUAAAGAGGAGUGGCGGGGCGUGUCGAACUGCACGCUGAUCCAGGCCCCCCUCUGUGAACUCACCUGGCUUAUCGACGACUUCAUGGAGCCGUACCGGGUCAGAGUCCAAACCGUCACAGCCAACGGCGUCUCAGAAUGGGCGGUCCUUAGGAAGCUCCUCCCCAACGACAGUAACCUGCGGCCGCCCUCCUUCACCCUGCGGGCGUCCUCCCACUCUCUGAGCGUGACGGUGGACGACAAGCCGCUCCUGAGGAAGAUCUCUCUGUUUGGGAUGACCUACACCAUGUUCCUGGAGGAGAGGGGCCGACCCAACGAGACGAGCAUGGCGUACCUGAACGACGACACGGAGGGCCCUGAGGGGAGGAGCCACACCUUCCGGGCAUUGUACUGGGGGAGGGACUACUGCGUCCGGCUUCAGGUGGCGGGAAACACGGGCCUUCAGCGCAGUGACGUCUCCGCCCCGCAGUGUGUUCGUCUCCCCGUCCCAGAGUGGUACUACUACGCAGUGCCCUCCCUGUCCGUCCUGGCCGUGCUGGCCGGGCUCGCGGUCAUCAUGGUCGCCCUCUGCAGCUUCCUGAGGCAUCCAGAGAAGACGCCGCUGGCACUGGAACCCCCCGAGAAGAGCUGGUCUCCCCUCAGGGUGGGAGAGGGGCCCAUGGAGGUGGUCACCGACAAAGGCUGGCUGCUCUGCAUGCCCAAGACCCCCCUGGAGGGCUGGGGGGGCCCUGGGCCCCGGAGCCUGGAGGCCUUCAGACCGGAGACGGACUGGAAGAGCGAGAGUAGAACCAGCAUGGACAGCGGUGUGAGCGUGAGCUCCAACGGCGCCACGAAGACGGGAGGAAGUGAUGCGGUCCGACAGGAAGACAGCGGGUGGGUGAGCAGCGGCGGCUCCCGGGGCGCGGGGGCUCCUCCCCCGCGGGUCUGGAGGAUUCACGCCCGCCCCGAAGAGGAGACGGAGGCCCCCGCUGCCUCUGGGCCGGGCCCCCAGCGACGGGGCUCCGGCAGCUCAGAGGGACCGGACGGCGGGUCUGGGCAGAGUGGUCCGGCCCCGGACCCGUACCGGCACCAGGCGGGUCCGGGGCCGCAGGGCGGGAGGGCGGCUCUGAAGGAGGCCGCCCCCACAGGCUACCAGAGGGGACAGACCCCCGCGCAGCCCCCUGGGUACCAGCCCGCCUUUCACACAAACUACCGGCGGAAAACGCACAUCAUGAUGGAGACGCUGGUGAGCGUGGAGGACUCUGAUUUGUCGUCGGAGCGGACGCGCACGGUGUUGGAUGAUGCGUCCCCCACGCUGUUCCUGCCCCUCACGUUCCUCCCCUCUGUGAGGGGGGGCCUGGCCCACAUCUCUCUGGGUGACGUGGAGCUCUGGGGCGAGUGACCCCCCACUGGGGAGACUGCAGCUUAAUGCGAUCGCUAUUUAAUUUAUUUAUUGGUUUAUUAAGCUCUUCCUGCUGGCUGCUGGGCUUGUUGUUUUAAACAGGCUGACUUCAGAGCAUAUGUAUAUGGACACGUGUAAGGGUUCGGCUAAGGUUGUGUUGUUCUGUGAUGUGUGCGUGAGUAUGGGUUUUGGAUAACUGUCUGUUGUUCUGUGGUGUGUGUGUGUGUGAAGGGUGCAUUAGGAAAGGGAGACUGCCCCGUUGGUAUCAAAAAGAGGAGAUGCCCAUAAAGCAAAUGUUGGCUGUGAAGGGAAAGCCCAGGGAUAAAACUUACUUCUCCUAAAUUACGUUAUGUUGUUGGUUCUCGCGUUGAAAGACUUCCUCCUUUGAGUAUCAAUUUCUGACUCUUGAUUCAGUUUCGAUGUGGGGAAAACCUACAUUUCCGGAGAAACUUCUGGAAUACAUUUAACUGAAUAGUCAAAGAUAUAGUGAACACAUAUGUGCUGUCAAAGCAGCCAUCAACAUAAUGUACAUCUCUAUUUAAUAAAGUUCGGCCUGGGUGACUUUUACAUUCAUAACAGCCUUGUUUUUGUAGUGUUGCCUCACUCUGGAUGCUGUGCUCAAAGAGUAUAACAAUAGAUUUAUAAAUGAGGAACUACCUGAUCUACAUGCUGGUCUACGCUGCUCUGUGACAUUUGAACGCAAAGCCACUUCCUUUCAAAAGGGUUAUACAAAGUUAAAUUUCCAUAAAGUCUUUCGGAAGAAAACUCAAACAGGAAGUGAGAAGUCACAGAAGAAACUUUUGACAAAGAAUUCACAACUCUCACACAUUAUGUGAACUCCAUGUAACAGAUGAACCACAUGUAACACGUCCCCUCAGAGGGGCCCUCGGAAGACCCCAAUGUCUGGAGGUCUUCCUAAGCCCCCAGAGCAGCGGGACCACUUGGAGUCUGAGGCCGAAACGGGUCCCCUAAUCAGACUUUUCACACCUAACCGUGCUCAAAACUGCCAGUGUGAGUGUGGCCAGUCUGGCCAGGCCACUUGGGAGAGGUGUGCUGCUACGGUACGGGCCGCCACGGUACAGAUGCUAAUGAUCCGACACGCGCACACGCACGGCUACGCAACCUGAGCUGGAUGACGUAUAGUCCAUGCGACGACAUAAUAAAGGCGACGAGCCUCCUUUCCCAUUAAACGGUAAACAUAAAUCCAAAUAAGCAACAGAAUCAGCAAAGUGCAAACUGUGUUCUCUGUGUUGUUUUCCAUUGUUGUUAAAACUCUGACUGGCGGCAGACUUUAUUAUGGUCAAUGCAGCGGACGCUUGGUGAUGACAUGUUACGACGUGAUGACGUAUGUACAAGAGCCUACCGUGGCCGGGCCACAGUUGCGACGGCCAACGGCCACGGCCAGAUGGCCUAGUGUGAGUGCACCCUAAGUGGUGCAUUUAGUGAGCCCCAUGUCUGGAGGUCUUCAGGACGGUGGGGCCUUCAGAGGGGCCCUCAGUGGGGCCCCUCAGUGGGCCCUCAGUGAGCAGCAUACAGGGACUGGACUAUCAACUCUUCAUACAUGAAUGAUUAGAGAAAACAUACAGGCACACGCACUCAAACACACGCACACGCACACUCACACAAACACACACAUUUAAAAUAGCUCUGUCAACAGAUAUCAUGUUUAGAGGACAUUUUAUUCAGCUCUUUGUGGAAGGAUAUUGGUCCAAUCAUUAUAAUUAAAUAUAAUAAUAUAUAUAAUAUAAUAUAUAUUCAUAUAUAUCAAGAAUAACACAAAUAAUAACAGUAAUAAUAAUUAUUAUGCAAAAAGAAUAAUGAACUAGAGUAAGCCAAUAUUUUUUAUAAUAAUAGAGACAACAGGAAGACAGGAAAUCAACAGUUUAACAGAGGGAAUCAUUUCCUGUUUCUCAAAACCUGAAGUUUCAUUUGAGGGUUCCACUGACAGAGAACGUUGAGGUCUUCUUCAACCCCACCUUUCUGUAGAGAGAGAGAGCGAGAGAGAGCGAGAGAGAGAGAGAGAGAGAUAUUAGGAAAGAGAGAGAGAGUGAGACAGACAGAGAGAUAGAGAAACAGAGAAAGAGAGACGGAUGGAGAAAGUGCAAAAGAAGACACAGAGGAAGAGAGAGAAAAAGAGCCACAAUUAGCCUGCCCUGAGUAUCUCGCAAAAAAGUGUGUGAAUUCUGUGAUAUUCAUCCAAAACAAAACACUUACGUGAGCACUUUAUCCUUCAAUGAAGGUUCUAUGAGAGACAACGCAAGAAACAAAAAAAAGAAUACUGAACAUAACUGAACAAUGAAUUUACUUAUUUCUUAAUUACUAUUGAGAAAUCCACUCACUCUUCUUCUUGCAGCACUUUGUACAAUCCUUGCACUUGUACUUGCAGCAGAACUGCAGGAUGCCGAUGGUGAAGAGGAUGGCCAGGAUGCCGAAGCCCACAGCUAUCCCCACCGCGGCGGAGCUCCCCCUGCUGGCUGGAGGGGGCAGGACACACAACCCGUCAGCAGUGCACUUAUGGGCCCGUAGGGAAGGGU